ACUCUGUAGGAUCAGCAUUGAGACCAGCAGCGGCAUCAACGCCAACCAUCAACAUCAUGAACAGGGGAAUAGGAUUAGUCUCGUAUGGCGGUGAUUCAGACUCGGAGAGCUCGGACGAGGACACCCUCAUGACCCCAUCGUCAUCAUCAACAGCAAUUACUACUACUACUGCUACUACUACGGCUGCAUCAAGCAAUAAUUCACAAAAAGGUCAAGAAACAGCAGAAUCCUCAGAUAAGAACUCUGAACGGCCGACACUGCAAGACACUAUAUCAGCACGAUCUCUCGUUGGAUCGCGAUCUUCUGGAAGUGAAUCCUUAAACAAAAUUGCCUCUACCAAUCUUUUACGUCAAGGACUAGUUUCAUUAUCUUCGGAAAGCAAGCAAGGCGACGAUGUAUCGGCGGCGACUACAGAAGAAUCUGGAGCUACAUUACCUCAUUCAUCAUUCAUUAAGUCACAAUCAGGGACGCCGCUUCCAGCAGACCACAGUGCAGCUGCAGAUGUCUUGAAUACACCGACAAAUGGAAUGAGUCCACAGAUGUCUCAGAUGGAGCGGAUUCCUAUCACUGGCGAAGCGCAUGGUACAGAACAAAGCAAAUAUUCAGGUGAUAAUGGCGAGGAUGUAGAUAUGGAUGAUCAGCAAGAUAUCCGCCUGGACCGAGCUGCGUUAAUGAGGUCGUUGCUUCGACCAAAGCCAAUCCCAGGUAUUGAAAACUAUGGUAUUCCUCCUGAACCUGAAGGUGAAGUCAAUCCAGAUGUUCAGAGUAAAAUAGAACAAUAUCAACAUGUUAAAAUGACUCGUGGGAUCACCUUUAACCAUUCACUGAUGAAAAACAAAAACUUUCGGAACCCACAUAUCUAUGCGACAUUGGUUGAUGUGGUGGCUCUGAACGAGGUUGGAUCCAAUUUUGACAAGGAUAUGGAGUUCUUUGGCUUCGAAAGUUAUCCACCCGAAUCAUAUGCCACUGGAAUUGCUGAAACACAGAAGACAGCGAUGGAUAAGCUGGCUCAGCAACAGGCUGCAGGGAUGCGAUCGCAUCUUCAAUUUGUAUCUGGAGGAGGAGGCGGAGAAGGAGGCGGGACCAGUAGUGCAGUGGGGGGAAUGAUCAGGUCACAAUCCAAUAAUGCGAACGCCCCGAUAUCCACAGCAUCUGCUAUGGCAUCUGCUGCUGCUGCUGCUGCUGCAUUAGCAGCGGGAAUGCAGCAACGAGCACGGAAGAGCAAAUGGGAUGUUGCUCAGUCCAGUGGGGCGGACGAUUCGAAUAGUAAACGACCCCGUCAUUAAAAUAAACAAAAGUAACAGUACUAAUAAUUACAAUAAAAAUGUAGUAGAGUUGGG